GAACAGAGGUAGAGAAUAAAGAUGGAGAAGCUGCCCCUGUGCUUUCUGGUCAUCACGAGUCUCUCAAAUGCUCUUGCUCAAACAAACCUGAGUGGGAAAGCAUUUGUAUUCCCACUAGAAUCUGAAGAUUACCAUGUGACCCUGACACCACUUCUGGAGGAGCCCCUGAAGGCCUUCACUGUGUGCCUGAAAGUCUGCAUGGACCUGAGAAGAAGCUGUAGCCUUUUCUCCUAUGCCACUGAGUCAUAUUAUAAUGAGAUCCUCCUGUUUAAGAGGCAGAUUGGGUCAUAUGCCUUUGGAGUGGGUAAUAGUGAGGUGGUAUUCCAGGUUCCUGAGACCACUCCUGCUCCAAUGCAUUUCUGUGCCAGCUGGGAGUCGUCAGGCAUUGCUAAACUCUGGGUAGAUGGGAAGGCCAUGGUGAGGAAGGCCCUCAAGCAAGGAUACUCUCUGGGGAUUAAGUUAAAGAUUAUCCUUGGACAAGAGCAGGAUUCUUUUGGGGGAGGAUUUGAUCAAUCUCAGUCUCUGGUGGGGGACAUUGGAGAUGUGUUCACGUGGGACUUUGUGUUGUCACCAGGAGAUAUUAAUACUGUAUUCCUUGGGGGGACCUUUAGUCCUAAUAUCCUAGACUGGAGGAGGCUGAACUUUGAGACAAAGGGCUACAUGGUCAUUAAACCUCACCUGUGGACUUGAGCUCUUGCUACCCUCUGAGAUCCUGGGCUUUUCUUUCUUUUUUUAAUGGGCUUUUCUGAUGGCUACUUCUCACCUAAGAAACUAAACUUCAUCUCCACAUGUUUAGACUGUCCUAUGUUCUUUUCUUGCUUGCAUGGAUACUUCCUAAUGCUGUAUCACUUAUGCU